UGCUCAACACUGGCCAUGGAAAUAAAGUGAAGCAAGCAGGUGACUUCACCUUUUUAUUGUCUUUGAGCAGCGGCCUUUGCCCAGAAGUAUCAGUUCAGUGCUGACCUGCAUCCUCUGCUGGGCUGGAUGCUGGACUGGACGGUAGGACUUUGUGAAGCUUUGUUCUUUGUAUGAAGUAGAGUUGUUCUGCUGGUUGGACUUGACCACACUGCCAUGGAUGACUCAAGUUCUCAGCCACCUGCAGCGGGCAAGCUUGACCAAGUGCAGGGCCAAGUCAACGAGGUUAAAGUCAUUCUGAAAGACAACAUCAACAAAGUGCUGGAGCGGGGGGAGAGAUUAGAUGACUUGAUCGGCAAGACAGAUGGCCUACAGGCAACCGCUGAGUCUUUCCAAAAAACAUCCACACGGGUGGCCAGGAAGUACUGGUGGAAAAAUAUUAAAAUGAUGAUUAUAAUUGGUGUGAUUGUGCUGAUCAUCAUCAUCCUCAUUAUCCUCUUUGCUACGAAAGUUAUAUAAAAAUCAUAUAGAAGUCCUUCAUCAGUUCAGGAUUGAAGGUUAGAUGGAGAGAGACAGAAAAAAAAAAACAGCUUACCUUCAGCCAGUUUUCAUCACUAAGCAUUUUGUGAUUUAAUCAGCCAUGUGCAAACUUUUGAUCAUUCAAGCUCAAGUUUUACUCUGUUUCAAGAUCAAAUAUUUAUGUAAAAUUGCAUCUCUAAAAUGAGAUCGUACGGUGAGAUAAAAAUCAGAGCUGCAGAACUUAAACUGUUAGUUGGCAUCAGCUUCAAAAACCAAAAUGCUUCUUUACACUCCAACAAUCAUGAACAUGAGCAUUUAACAUCUGAAAAAAAG